AUUCAAUAAACCAGGUUUUUCCAAAAAAACCCAUCGAACUUGGAAAUGAGCUCAUACAGGGUGUUAUUUUAAAUCACCCUCUUUCCCGAUGUAGUAAUACGAAAGAUCUCUAUGCCUUUGCUGGUAAAGAGAAGUCUUCGGAGGGCCUGCUUACUUAUCGAAAUCAUGAGCAUGAUACUUUCCGCUUUAACUUGCCCGUGGGUACAUCAGAAAUCCCAAACUUUAUCAAAUCCCCAAAAUGUCCUGGGAGAAAGUUCGGACAAGAGAAAGACCCAUCAGGUAUAAAUUCAGAUGAUGCCGAAACUCGAAGAGGUCUGCCGACACUGGAUGAGGUAUUCUAAAAAAACACUUACGCUAACAACCCUUGAAGAUGGACCUGAUCAUUCGAAAUCAGCUGGCAAAGAAACGUCAUGCUAUCAAGCUUCUCUUCGAAGAACACGCUGCAGACACUCCAGGGAGUGUAUCAAAGUAACUAGAUAAUCUAAUUAUUGUUUGAUCACACAGAGGAACAUUGCUGAAAAUCGUGGCUUCACUGUGUCCAAGAAUAAACAUUGAACUGUUUCACCGCUUACUGGAAAGGUAUUCUUUGGACAAAGAGGCACUAGUGUCGUUCCGGCAAUUUGAAGAGGCUUUCACAGCAGCACCUCUGGGAAGUUGUCCACCUCCCGUGAUAUUUCGCGGAUUGGGCGCUGAGAAAUGUGUGUCCGUGGCACAAGCAUAUAAAAUGCUGCAGGAAAUAGCAUGUGAUCCUUCAUUCGACCUAAAGCGUCUGCUUCCUUCAAGUUGCUUUGAACCCAAUGGCCGUGUACUUUGUCCGCAGCUUCGCCAGGCAAUGAAACUGAUGAGGAUUAAUCUCAUAGAUGAAAACUUCCGGCGUCUGUGGCGUGACAAAUUUGAUUUGGAAAGGCUUGGUUCGAUAAGAACAAGCCACCUAUGUCAAAUAUUAAACCUGAAGGAGGACGGCACACCGCUUGGAUUUCAAGUAAAGGUAACCCCCCUGGAAGCAGCAAAAAUUCGUGGAAUACCAAAACUAAACAGAAAUCCUGGGCUUCUGUAUCAACCAGAAUGGCCACGAUUUGAAAUGCUGCUCCCUCACUCCAAAGCAAAAAAUGAAGGUGCCGUUACCCUCAUUCGAGAACUGCCGGUUGCUGGUGGAACUGGCUUUCCAUUGCCAGAACAACACACAUGGAGUCCUCAGGGCCCAGGAGGAGCAAAUGAGCCUGUGUUUGGGUGUGGUCAGCAAUAUCAGAAGAGGCUUGAGGAACUGGAGAAACACCAUCCACGAUUCGACAGCAUAAUGGAUUGCUUGCACUACAAGGUUCUGAACAAAGCUCGCUAUCCUUGUUCAUUUUAUCCUAUACGACCAAUAUUUACUGGGUACACUAUCUCUUCCGAACAGUUUGAGAACCCUUAUCAGGCCAUGAUGGUAUCUUUCAAACGUUUUGACCCGAAACAUAACAACCGGGUGAGCGAGAACGAAUGCCUGGGGAUACUACGUGAAUAUGGACUGAACAUUAACGCAGAGGAUUUGCACACAUUUGUUCGCCGAAUUCUUAGCCCGUCUGAGGCAACCGGGUGGUCUUUGGGUCGUGAUCGGCCACCGGAAACGAUUGGCGAGGAGAAAUCAUAUACGCGUAUUCGGCCUGGGUUUGUCCCGUACAAACGUCUCUUGGCUUGUUAUCAGAACCGUGCCAAGGGUAGUCCAGCGCACCAGAGAAUGCAAGCACUGAAAAUACGCGGCGCAAUUGACGGCACAGUCAAUAAAAAAAUGAUGUUGAAUCCGGAUGAAAUUGAAGAGGAAUUAGUGAAAUUGCUGCAUAAGAAUUACAUGGAAUUCGUCAAGCUUAUUGAGUAA